GCAAUCUACGGCGGCCUUCUUGUCCUUUUUCCCGGCCAUUUCUCUUUCAGCACACACGACGUGGUUCCCGCCGUUUCGUAGCUACGCUCAGAGCAGGGGGCAAGCCGUCUCCUAGUCCGGCGGUCGUGGGAGAGUAGAAGCAAGCGGGACGAAGCGAUUGCGCCAAGUUGAUUAGACCCCCGACAGGUAGAGGAGCGUCCCUUGCUUUCUUCUUGCGCUAGCCCACACGACAAGCUGUCGAUCUGGUCCUUGCGAAUCCAGCGCAAGUGCAAGGACAACCACCGCACAAGCCAAUCAGCACUCUUUACAACACUACUACCAGGUGCCUCUGCUCUUCCUUUCGCCCUCUCUCAUGUCUGUGAAAGGCGGCAGGGACGGCGAGAGAUAGGCUUGGAAAACAGGAAACACGAUACGAAUACAAACACCUGACGCGCGAAAAUGGUGGCCAUGUCGCCGCGCAAGAGCGGCCUGCCAACGCCCGCAGCGGCCUCGCCUUCACCAGGAGGAGCAGGCGCAGGAGCAGGAGUAGGAAGUGCAGCGGUGUCGAAGAUGCCACGACCCAGUCUCGGCACCAAGGGCUCACUCAUCGGCCUCCGAGCCCAGGCUGCUGCUGCUGCUGCUGCUGCUGCCGCUGCUGCUCGGCCCGCGACGCCGGACAGCCUCGCCUCGCCCUCGCUCAGCAGCAGCCACUCCCCCAACGGCGCAUCUUCCUCUGCUGCUGCGAGUACGGCGUCCACUACAACAUCGAUGGAGCAGAUGCCGGCCAAAAGCCCCUUCAUGCCGCGCAGGACCGUCGGUGCUGCUCCAGCGACACCCUUCUCUUCUUCGUCGUCGUCCUCUUCUUCCUCGUCCUCAAGACCCUCGCUGGCGCCCUCGUCGGCCAUCAAUGCGGCCAACCAACAAGCACAGCGCUUCGCAGACCACACCGUCUCGUCUUCGGCCAAGAUUGUCGAAGCAGGUACCGGCGCUGCUGCUCCGCGGCGAGGAAAGGACCUCGAGCUCGGCGACGAGGUCGUUAUGGACGGCACCGGCUACACGGGCGUGCUCCGGCACCUCGGCCCCGUCACCUUCAAGGCCGGCUUCUACGCCGGACUCGAGCUCACCGGAGCCAGCACGGGCAAGGGCAAGAAUGACGGGAGCAUCAAUGGCGUGCAAUACUUUGCGUGCGAGCCAGGCAACGGCAUGUUCUGCCCUGCCUCCAAGGUCUCGGCCAUCUCUGCGCAGCCGCCAACAGAGGCGACAGCCCGUCCCCAGUCGGCCCUGUCUGCGCGCUCCGGCCGGUCCUCGGUUGCUGGCGGCGAAGACGAGCAGCGGUCGUCGUCGGCGAUGGCACGGCGUACAGCUACACCCGGCAGACAGCGGUCCAACACGGCAUCGAGCGCCAGCCGACCGCCCUCUACGACGCCCGUGCGCCCCAGCUCGCGCACCUCGACGGGCAGACCGGCCUCGUCGCUUUCGAACCGGACGCCCGGGCCACGGCUCCAGCCUCGCAAGUCGAUUGCAGACGGCCUUGCUGACGAGGAAGGCAGGCGGAGGGCAAAGACGUCGGCAGAGGCUGCUGAAGAGGCAGAGCAGCGCAUCACAGCGGGCAGCCGCGCGCACCGCCUGCUCCAGAUGAAGGCCCAGGACCUCGCUGCCGCCGGCCUUGGGUCUUUGGAUGCAGCAAGGAAGUCAGCACGGCCCAGUAGUCCACUCAAGGACAGCCUGCUCUCCUCGCAGCAGCGCAAGACGACGACGAACAACGGCAGGCACUCUCUCCAGGGUCUGCCCACGCCCUCGCGCAUCCGCGGUUUGCUGCCCCGAGCCAGGCCGAGCCUGGGCUCGACGCCGUCCUACACGACACCCACGCCCACGCCAAAGGCUGCCACCAAGGGCCGCUCGUCGAUGUUUGCAAAGUCUUCCGACAUGGGUCCCCCCAUCAGCCCCACAAAGCCCAGCGGCGGCCGGCCCACGGACGAGCUGCGCAAGUCGCUCGACGGCCAUCCUUCCUCCCAGACGCCCUUUGGCGCAGCCAAGGAGGGCGGCAGCGGCAGCGGCAAAGAAGAAGAACAAGAAGCAGAAGAACAAGAUCAGACAAUGAUGCCGACGACACCCUUUGGCCCGCGCACGGCCGUUGAGAGGAACAGGAUGCUGCUCGAGGAGAUGGACCUGACCCCUCGACGACACUCCGACCUCGUGCGCGCCUCGUCCUGCUCCGACGCUGCCGGCGCCACCACCGAUGGCGAGGAGGGCAGCGUGACGACGGCCGACGCCAUCGAGGCUGAGCUCGCUGGCGAAGUCGACGACGCGUCCGUCGUGCAGCCCGUGGUGCCGCUUGCGCUGUUUGAAGAGACGAGCCUGGAGGCGACGAGGGCCAAGGCAGAGCUGUCGCAGCUCCGAGAGGAGCACCGGCAGCUGCUGGCCAAGAGGCAGCAGGGCGAUGCCUCGGAGCUCCAGAGGGCCCGCGCCAAUGUCGAGGAGGUCGUGCGGCGGGAGAUGGAAGAGGAGCGCAGGGUGGAAAGGGAAGACGAGCUGAGGCGGAAGCGCGAAAGCGAGGCCAAGCAGGUCGAGAUUGAGAAGAGGCUCGACGAGGCACAAAGGGAGCUGCGCAGGGCCAACGACGAGCAGUCGAGGGUCAAGACAGAGGCAGAGAGAAAGGCCCAGGACCUCGAAGCCAAGCUCGCAGAGACGACUUCGCUGGCCGACAAGCUCAAGGCCACGCUCGAGGCAAAGGGCAGUGGUGAUGGUGACGGUGAAAAUAACGGCGACGGCGACAAUGCUGCUGCUGCUGCUGCCUCCCACGACAACAAGGAGGUGCAGGCCAAGAUUGGUGCCAAAGAUGCCGAGAUUGAGCAGCUCAAGGCGGCCGUCGAGCGGCUCGAAGGCCGUCUCGAAGAGUCUCAGCGCGAGUGCGACGAUCUCAGAGACGCAGGCCGAGAGACGAUGGAAAUCUACGAGGAGGCACAGGCUGCGCUGCACCGGGAGCACGAGGACCAGAUGAGGCAGUUUGAAGCGAGGGCCCAAGAGAUGAUUGUCGAUCUCGAGAAGCAGCGGGACGACGCCCACAGACGGAGCCAGCCCCGGUCCUCGGUUGCCGAGAUUGACCGGCAGAGCAUGGAAGAGGAGCUCGGCCACGCGCAGAGGCGCAUCGCCAGUCUCGAGGACCAGCUCAGCGGUGCCAAGCUGCAGACGGAGCAGGAGCGCGAGGCGAGCACGAAGCGCCGGGACAAGUUUACCGAGUUUGAGGACAGGCUCCGGCAGGAGGUCGCCAAGCACAAGUCCGAGGCGCAACGGCUGCUCAGCGAGCAGAGAGAGACGCGGGCCCGGAUGGAGGAGCUGCAUGAGACGCUCAACGAGACAAAGGUCGCGCUGGAGAGCGAACGAGAGGAGCUCGAGAUACUCCGGACGGAGGCCCUGGUCAUUGGACAAGAAGGGUCUGCCCAGUCGGCCGCUCAGCGCGACAAGACCCGCCUCGAGGCAGAGGUCGAGAGGCUGACGAAUCUUCUCGAGGCCUCGCGGUCGGGCAAGAGAGAGGCCAGCCGGCGAAGCGACGAGCUGGCAAAGGAGGUCGACGAGCUGCAGUCGCUCAUCGAGGAGGUUCGCCAGCACCUGCAGAUUGCCGAGACGGACAAGACGCUGGCCGAGGAGCGGCUGCAGGCCCAUGACGGCUCGACGACCUCGCUCAAGGAAGCGCUCGAAGCAAAGACGAGGGAGCUCCAGGCGGCCAUCAGUGGCGGCAGAGUGCCCGAGCAGCUAACAACGGUCAUGGAGGCCCACCGCAAGGAAGUGAGCAUCAAGGAGGAAGAGAUUCGCCAGCUUCGCGCCGCGAUUGAGCUCGGCGGAGGCGGCAGCCAUCAGCAGCAGCAGCAGCAGCAAAAGAGGGGCUCUCGCGCCUCGUUGACGGUGCCGACGAGCGAGAAGCGAAACUCGGUGGAACGGUCGCCGGCCCUGUCAGCCAAUGAAUCGGGUGUCUUUGCUUCUUCGCCCAACAUGGGCUCCCUUUCGCCCGCGUCGCCCAAGAUCAGCGGCAGCAGCAGCAGCAAGCGCUUCUCCAGCGCCAGCAACCAGAGCCGAAGGAGCGCCGGAGGCUGGAGCAGCGGCAGCCCAGAGGCCGUCAGCAAGGAAAUGACGGGCCUGCGCUCGAUUGUCAAUACGCUCAACCAGGAGCUGACUGAGAUCAAGGUCAGCUCCAAGGCCCAGGAGCAUGAGCUCAAGCAGAGCGUCGAGGAGCACCGCGAGAGGGCGAGAAAGCUCGAGCUCCUCGUCGAGAGCUUGUCCAAGGAGCUCGACGAGGUCAACAAGUCGUCGCUGUCGUCGUCAGCCUCUGCUGCCGAGACGGCGACUGGACUGCCAUCGUCGGGAUCCACCUCUUCUCUGCUCCUCGCCAGAGAGACGGAAGCAGCCAACAAGACGGUGGCGCUCGAGCGACGCGUGCGAGAGGCCGAAGAGGAAGCCAAGACGCUGCGCAAGCGGGUCGAGCUGGUCGAGGCAAACAAGCGGCAAGAGGUCGAGAAGCUCAACAAGGACAUUGGCGAGCUCGAGGCUCUGUGCGAGGCGACAAUCUGGAGACGUGAGGCCGAGGGGCUCAAGAGGGAGGAGCUCGAGAGAAACGUGGCUAAGCUUCAGAGAAAGGUCGAGCGACUCCUCAAUGGUGCUGGCAGCUCUGCUAGACUCGAUGGCAACAGCAGCAGCAGCAGUAGCAUCGGUCAUGGCAACGGCAACGCCAAGCGUGACAGUCGAUCUACAAUCGACGACGGUAGCAGCGAGGCGAGGUCAGCCAUGGAUCAUGUGAGCGCAAAGGAUACCGAUGGCAGCAUCGCAAAGAAGCCAAACGGCGUCACCUUUGGCCUUGAGCCACCUACGGCAACAACUGCAACGACGACGACGACGACGACGACGACGACGACACCCGUAACGACUAAGACGGAAGAAGAGGAACCUUGCGAUGACUGCGGUGAGACCGGUCAUACACUCGAGGAUUGCCCCUAUUCCAAGGACGAAAACAUGCUCUUCUAGUUAAUUUUUAAAAGCUACGACGGUGACGAUGAGCAGAACAUGCUCCUUCCUUGAUACCUUGGGACAACGAUGUAUUCCUACUAAUUCCUUAUUCUUCUUAAUGGUCUUCUUCCUC